AUGACGGCAAGCUCGCUCUCGAUCACCCAGCAGUGGCUCCAACAGGUCCUCGAUCCCUACAGGUACAGAGAUCAAGUGUACACAGAUGUCGACCGGACACUUCAGCUCAUUCCUACGCUCUCUCCCAAGACUGACUCGUACACAUACGAUGACGGCAGAGCAGUCUUGCUCGUCUGUCUGUCGGGCACGCUGCCCAUCGGCUUCCGCGGACAGACGUACAACAUUCCGGUAGCAAUCUGGCUGCCCCAUCUCUUUCCUUAUCAUCCUCCGAUGGUCUACGUCGUUCCAACGAGCUCGAUGGUCGUCCGACCGUCCAAGCAAGUCGAUCCCUCCGGUCUCUGUCAUACUACCUAUCUCACAGCAUGGCAAUCCAAACCAGAAGGCUGCAACCUUGUAGAUCUCAUCGAGUCACUCAAGGCGCUCUUCUCCAAAGAGCCACCGCUGUAUGCCAAGCCGGCCUCAGAAGUCUCUCGUGCUUCGACGCCCAGUCCGAGAACAGCCACACCUGCUCUGAGACCCAUCCAGCCAAACUUUGCAACGCGACCCGCUCCACCGCCGCCGCCAAUCAGUUCGUCCAAUCCCCCGCCGAUACCUGGCAGACCCAAAGAGCUCCAAACGAACGGGCUAGCUCAUUUCUCAAGCAUGAACAUGGGUCAUACAAGAAGUCCCUCGUCGCCGCUCGGUCCGAAAUCACAUCUGCUACCCCGUUUGCCCACAGACUCUUACAGACCAGAGGGUUCCUACAGACCGUUGCCAUCUACGAGCGCGUUUAUUGCAGAGCCGGUGCAAGACAGCCACCCAUUGGAGGAUGACAGAUUCUAUAGGGCAGAGGGAACGCCAAGGUCGCCUCCGUCCUACUAUCGCGAACCUGGCUCGCCCAAGCUGGGACCGACUCGAGCGGCAACACAUCAUGCCAGAGCAAGCUUCGGGGGUCAAUCGAGGUUCUCGCCCACUCAUACACCGAGGAGAAGCGAGGGAACCGCUUCCGCGGGCUACUACACGCCCGAACAGCUACAACAGCUACAGCGUUCGGAAUCCUUGUUGAUCAAACCUGACCAGAGGCGAAGUAGCUCACAGCCUGCCAAUUUGCUCGAUAGCGACGAUUCAGUCUUUGCUUCGUAUGACGACACGAGCUCAGGCUCGGGCACGUAUCAUUCUGGCUUUGCGCCUCCGCCCAGACGGCCGACCAAUCCUGAACUUUUGCAUCUCCAAACAGCAGUACAGCAGAAACUUAUCUCUUCCCGCACUUCGCUCCUUUCUUCUCUGGCCCAGCAGAGGACGACUUUGGAAGCGCUGCAGAGUGAUCUGAGGUUAGGCGAGCCUGCUAUAAGAGACGAGAUGGCCCGGCUGGAAGCGGUCAAGGAUGUCUGUAUCACUGUCAAGCGGAGGAUGGAGGAUGUCACAGAACGGGCGCAGAGGAAUGUCGAUCUUGUGAAGCUCAAGGGCGAUAUCGAGCCUGACGAGAUUGUCUGCUCUACCUCUGUCGUUCACAACCAAUUGCUUGACCUGGUAGCGGAAGACGCAGCACUGGAGGAUACGAUCUAUCAGCUAGGCAGAGCGCUCAAUUCCGACACGGCCCAGAUCGACCUGGACCAAUUCACCAAGAGAAUCAGAUCGCUAGCGAGGGAUCAAUUCCUCAAACGGGCGCUCAUCAACCAGAUCCAACUCCAGCUAGCUAUCGUGAGCGAUCGGUCUAGUUCGGCUGCAGCAACGGAUACAACAACAAACGGACGACAAUUGUCAUCGUAG